GGUACGCUGCAUUUUCAGAAAAUUUACAUUGCAUUGCCACCGUCUCCUUUCCCGUCCAUCCCCAUGGCGAUACCCUAGCCGCCACCCUCCUCUGCCGUGGCCUCCACCCCUCUCCGCCGCCUCCGCCCCGCCGCCGUCUCCUCCGCACCUCUCCGCCCUCUCCUCCAUCGGAGCAGCCGCCCCAACUCCAUCCCUUACAGCACCAAGGUCAUUGCUAUCAUCGGCUUCAUCCCUCUCGAGGUCGUCGCCGCCGUCGCCUCCACGAACAGCAGCAACUCCUGUGGUCGCCACCAAGGUGAAGGUUCUCUCCGCCGUCGCCCCCAAGAACAGUCUACAAGUUCAGCACCAGUGGCGACGACGGGUACAGCCUAGAACUUGAGCACCAGCGGCUGUGGUGGCUAGCCUUCCUCGCUGGCUCUUUCUCCAACCCCCUGAACCACGCAAGUAUGGCUGCCGAAUGGAGUGAUGAAAACACUAGGAUUGUUACCCACUUGUUUGCCGAUCAAGUGCGUGCUGGCAAUAGGCCAAACACCCACUUGACAUCGAAUGCUUAUGAGGAGGUGGCCAAGGAAUUCAAAAGAAGGACAGGUGUGGAUUUGAAGCAUACCCAGUUGAAGAACAAAUGGGACAAGUUAAAGAUUGAUUACAACAUCUUCAAGAGAUUGAAACAGCGGGAGACUGGAGGUGGGUGGGAAAGUGGGACAGUCACACACGAUGGUGAAUGGUGGAAACAUGCCAAGAAAGACAUUAAAGGCUGUGGAAAGUUCAGGAAGCAAGGCCUUCGCAAUGAGGAGAAUUUGCGCGUCAUGUUUGAAGACAUUACUAGUGAUGGUACUGAUCAUUGGAAUCCUGCAUCAGGCCUUCCACCCCCUUCAAGUGCUGUAGUAGCUAAUAUCCUCAAUGUUGAUGCCAUCCAAGAUGUUGAUUUGGAUGAGAUAGAAGAGGUGUCACCUGCUAGCUCAAAGUCAGGUAAGAGGCUUGGUAGGUUCAUUGAUGACAAGGACAAAAAGCCUAAGACAGCCCAAGUUAUGCAGGAACAGAUUACAAAGAUAGGUAACAUUGCUGAGAGGUCUCAAGCAUCAUUUGAGUCAUUCAUGAAAGCUGAUGAUGCCGCUUCAGUCUCUAUUGUUAUGAAUGCCGUCCUUGCUUGUGGGGCAACAGAAGGUACCGAUGAGCAUUUCAUUGCCACUGAGUUGUUCGUCAAGAGAGAUCAAAGGGAGAUGUUUCUCCAUAUGAGUGAAGCUUCUAGAUUUGAGUGGCUCAGCAGGAAGUACCGAAUCAAGUAUGGGCACUAGUAGCUGUUGUGUAUUGUCUGAAUAAUUAUGUGUGCUGUAGUUUCAUUUUGAACAAUGUUUAUCUAUUUGACUUGUAAUAAUGAUUUCAACUAUAUUUAUUGGUGCUAACUAUUCUUGUUGAUGUCCA